AAAGUCGCUGCGUGGUCGCUGCUUGCGUUGCGUGACCUAGUCAGUAUAGCGUCGUGUUUUAAUUAAACUAUAAUAUUAAUAAUAAUAAGUUAGGAAAAAUUACCACUUAGCUGUGUCAGCGUAGAAUGCAAAUGCAAGCCAUGAAUCAAUUCGGCAAUCGGGGUUUUGGCGGUCCACCGCAACCACAAAGACAGGGUCGUCGUGGAUUCAACCGUGGAGGCUUUCGCAAUACGAGAUUUGAUCACAAUAUGCAUAACGCCCAGAGGAAUAUGAAUCACGGUCAAGGAGGUCAACGGCCUAAUGAGGUUAAGCCAGCUCAGCCUGUUGAAAAACCUCAACAACAAAACCAGGCUCAGGUUAAGGCCCAGCCCCCACAACAACAACAACAGCCUAAGCCUGAAGCUCAGCAGGCAUCCCCAGCGCAGGCCCAGCCUUUGAAGCCAACUCCUCAGCAGCCCCAAUCCAAACCACAACAGCCGCAAGCUAAACCUCAGCAACCUCAAGUCAAACCCCAACAGCAACCUCAACAACAACAACAACAACAACAGCAGCAGCAGCAGCAACAACAACAACCGAAGCCUGCCCCUGUUGCUCAAGCAAAGAAUGAAUCACAGGAUCAUGUGGAUAAAUCACUCAAUGUUGAGCAAAAGCCACAAAACCAACACAAUAAUCAAAACCAACAACAAAGGAACCUUAAUGGCAACUUUGGAGCUAACAAGCAACAAGGUGGUUGGGGAGGCCAAGGAGGUCAAGGGAACAAACAGGGCAACUUUGGACAAGGCAAUAAACCAUUUGGUGGUCCUAAACAAGGUGGUCCUGGUGGACCUCCUCGCAACCAACGUCAAAAUAAUAUGCGAGGUCCUCAGCAGGAUGGAGGAAAACCUGUACAAAGGGAGGAACACAUGUUGGCGAACAAACUAAAAGAUUUGAUGGGUCCUUUGAUUGAUUUACCUCCAAUUGAUCAAACUGAAGUGAAGUUCAAUGGAAGAAGUCGGUUGUACAUUGGUAAUCUCACUAGUGAUGUCUCUGAAGAUGAAAUUACAAAUCUGUUUUCUCCCUUUGGUGAAACAGCCGAGCUAUUUCUUAAUAAAGAAAAGAACUUUGGAUUCAUUAAAAUGGACUACAGGGUGAAUGCUGAGCGGGCAAAGAGGGAACUAGAUGGAAAAAUGAGAAAUGGAAGAACACUGAGAGUAAGAUUUGCUCCUCAUAACAGUGCUGUCAGGGUGAAGAAUCUCCCACCUUUUGUAUCAAACGAGCUUUUGUAUCGUGCAUUUGAGAUAUUUGGAAAAAUUGAGAGGGCAUAUGUACGAGUAGAUGAAAGAGGGAAGACACUUGGUGAAGGAGUUGUAGAAUUUGCGCGUAAACCUAGUGCAUUAGCUGCAAUCCGUAAUUGUACAGAGAAAUGUUUCUUCUUGACUUCAUCUCUUCGUCCAGUUAUUGUGGAAAGCUUUGAGGAGCCUGAUGAGUUUGAUGGUUACCCAGAAAAGAACUUACCUAAAAAGCACCCGGAAUUUUUACGGGCUCGUGAGCUCGGUCCAAGAUUUUCUGAGCCUAGCAGCUUUGAACAUGAGUAUGGUACAAGGUGGAAACAGUUACACGAACUUCACCGCCAAAAAGAGGAGGCACUUAAAAAAGAAUUAGCUGCUGAAGAAGAAAAAUUGGAAGCUCAGAUGGAGUAUGCAAAGUACGAGCACGAAACGGAGUUACUACGUGAACAGCUGCGGCAGCGAGAGCAGGACCGUGAGCGCCAGAAGCGCAGCUGGGAGCUGGCCGAGCGCGCCGCCGACGAGCGACGUGACGCCGAGCGCCUGCAGCUGCUGCGCCAAGAGGAGGAGCUCGCGCAGCGCAUGCGCCAGCAGGACGACGAGCUGCGCCGUCGACAACAGGAGAAUACGCUUUUCGUGCAGGCUCAACGUUUGAACUCAAUGCUGGAUCGCCAAGAGCAAGGCAUGUUUGACCAGCAGCAGCCAAUGGAUGGAGGCUACAGAGACCAGUACGACAUGCCCCGUGGGAGUUAUGAUGACAUGCCGCCAAAUCGCGGUUGGGAAGGACCGCGCCAAAUGGACGAUUACCCUAACAAACGUCGCCGUUUUUAAUGCAGCUCUUAGGAGCAAAUAGUGUGUAAAUCCGUGUUUCCGUCAGUGGAGCAUUUUAUACUGUUUGGUGGUCGUUGGUUGGGUGCAAAUAAAGGAAAUAUGACAAAACAUUUAAUCCUAACUUUGUUAAAAUUAUUAGGUAAAACUUUACGAAUGAAAGCAAGUGUCGGUUUGUAUAGCUAUAUCUUACGUGCCGGCUAGUGUUUUACAUUACGGUUUAAUUUAACAUUGUAUUUAUAAAAAUAUUUUCGUGCGUCUUUCAUUGUAGGAAGCGCGUAAUUAUGAACCCAUUAUUUGUCCUAACCAAAGGCUUUAAAUUAUCACAUAACUUUAAAAUAAACUCACCGUAGAAAUAAAUUACGUUAGGUAUACUUUUAAGUCUGCUAAUGGCGAGAAUCGUCGUUUUUACUGUUUCGACAUCAGUGUGAAUUAUUACAUCAUUCCACUAGAGAGACAGCUAUUAUCACAAUUCGUUGAGUUAAUAGUCAACUCACGGCUUUAACAUUUUUUUAUACCUUAUGUAUAAUUGUAUCUCUAUGAUACAAUUAAAUAUAUUAUAUGAUAUUGACAAAUUAUAAUGUUAACAUUCCUAAUUUUCAACAACACCAGUUUACCUAGAUACUUCAUUACAUUGCAUUAAGUGUGAAAAUUAUGUUCAGCCCUUAUUAAGAAAGGGGUACUUUUUAAAAAUGUUAUAAAAAUGCUACAUCAUUUGAUAGCACUCGUGGUAAAGUUUAACACGAAUGUUUUAGUAAAGUAGAAGGUUAUUUUAACCAUUUUGUAAACAAUAUAAAACUUAACUAUACAAAAAUCGAUUUGUUUCAUGAAUUAACCUUUUAUUAGAAUUUUCUGAUAGAUAAACGUCACUUGUCUUUUAAAACAUGAUAAGCAUUAUUGAAGCAUGGCAUACGAGUAGUACCUGUAUGUAUGGUAUGUCUUCAUUGGUUUGUGUAGAAUGGAAUCUAAAGAACCCUCAGUUCUCUUAUUAUGUUUUCUUGUAUUUUUCCUAACUUAUUCUUUUAUAUCUGUUCUGGAGGCGUAUAUUGAGGUGUUACCUAGCGCCAUUAUUGCAAUAAACAAAUUAUCCAUAAGUGGCACCAGUUAACGAUAACUAAAAAAGGGCGAAAGCUAAAAAUUUUAUUUAUAACUUUGAGCAUAGUGAAUUGAGUGUGAAGAGAUUAUUUAAACAUUUGGUAAAUUAGUUAUUUUUAACGUCUUGAAUAAAAAACAUAUAGCAAAAUAUUUUUUGAAUUCUUAUUUCAGUAUAACCCCUCGAAGUCAUUUUUACAUUUGUCAACUAGGUAUUCUUAUUGAUAUUGUUUUACUUUUUUAAACCAUUGACUUGGCUGAAAAACUAGCAUGUAAUCAAUGCUUAGAACAACAAGGAACACCUUCCAUAAGAUUUUUUUUGUGAUAUAAAUGGUAUGAGAAGUAGUGUAUACUUAAAAUUAUUUUAGUCAUUUCAUGUGACUAGAAGUAGCACAUCUCUCGUACUUUAAAUUUUUUCAUGUAUAAACACGGUAAUAUGUAAUUAUUUCUGUGGUAUAAGUUAUAAUAUAAUAAUAUCAAAUAUGAUAGUGUUUAAAACAUGAAAUAAAAAGUGUACUCUUAAAAAAAUGAAUACUAUUAAAAUAACGAUAUACUUUUGUCCCUCAUUCAUAUCUUUCUUAUAAGUUUUAGUAAACACCGUUCUCUCAGUGACUGGGAGACCAGACCGGCCGUUGCGCUAAGUGUAUUCGAGUUACUUUGCCGCAACGGGACGAAAACGAGCUAAAGCAUUUUAAAAUUAUGGUUGAAUAUAGUUUAGAAUUGUGGUGGCAAUGAACCCCCGUGCCUCGGAGAGCACGUUAAGCUGUCGGUCCCGGGUGUCAUAAAACUCUAUGACAUUCGUUACGGCUAGUCAGAAGCCUCAAAAAUCUGACAACGGGUAUCAACAUGAUUGUGGUAUCACAUCUAGUGGGAUAUCGAGAGUCGAUGUAAAAAUAAAAAUUACACAUCCAGAAGCCAUUUUUGUUUAAGACUCAGAAUCUCAAAACGAGCUGAAAAUCGGCCAGACUGGUUUUUUGUAUUCAACUUAAUCGAGGACUACCAAAUUACAGUUUUAAGAAAUUUCAAUCCCUUAUAUUUUACUUAUAAGUACGUGUGGUCUUGUAAAUUGUUUUGUUGGUUCCUAUUGCGAGUAAUUAACUUUCAAAUGACUGAAGUUAAGUAAAAAAGUAGAAUACUUAACUGAUACACAUUAAUCAAAUGUCAUAAUCAACGCAAAUGGGAUUUCAUCGUACAAAUAAACCACCAACAAGUUUGAUAAUAAUAACAACUAUAGAAAAUUAGGAUAUUGACGAUUGAGUUCAACGGGGAAUAGAUUUAUUAAAUUCUUCCUGCGACUCCCAUCGUUUUUUAUUUCGGGAUUCCAAGCUCAAAGUUGCCUAAUUUUCAUUAUUGAGACAGGAAAUAACAACUUCUUCGAAUCCGAUGGUCCGUCCCGCCAAACACUUCUUUUUCUAAGUUUUUGCUUCCUGAAAUCACUGAUUUUGUUGCAAGCUCUCGUACCUUAACUGGGUAUAUUUUAAUAAAAAUAGAAUCAUAAAUGUGUUUCUUUUCGUAAAGAAACAACCGUACUGUUUAAAUUAUUGUAUAAUAGGAGGUUGGUGGGAGAUUAUGUUCGUUAUUUUGAUUGCUGACCGUAGUGGCAGGUGGUGGCUUAUGUUACACUGUGUAUGGUUUUGCGCAAUGCAUAUCCGGGGUUUGUAAAGUUCUAGGGGAGCUAAUGAUUUAUAUAAAAUGAGAAUUUUAUGUCUUGGAAAUUUACUAACAUUGUGUAAAGACUCAGUAUUCUUGAUAUAUUAGGUUUUUUGACUACUGAAAAGAAUUUGUUAAUUAAAAUGAAUAGUUUUAUGUGCCUUUGAGACGGCGCACUUUAAUGUAUUCAAUGGGUUAGCGUCAUCCUCAAUUGCUAAUUAUUAUAAAUCGAAUCCUAUAAAAGCCACUUAUCUCCAGUCGCUUUUUUUAAUUAGUUCACUAUAACAAAGUGAAUAUGGCUUGUAUUGUACAAGUUUUACACAGCUUGAAUAUUUAUUUACUGGAUUUUUUCUAGCACACUAACUAAUGGUAAGCUUAAGGUUUGUGAAUUUGUACUUAUUUAAAUUAAUUUUUCAAGAAAUAUGGGAAAAAAGAGAAAGGUUUGGAAUUUGUAAAUAUUGCUGGUGUUUGAAACUUGGAUCUUUCAGUACUAAAACGACUCGUGAGAUUUCUUUUUCUUAUACUUUCGACUGUAAAAGUAACUUACGCGCUGCCGCUGUUAUCGCGCGCGUAUAAACACACUUGUCUAUAUAUGUUCAUGUACUAGUAAAAUUAUGUACAGAAAGUUAUAACUGGCAAGAUAAAAAGUACUCCAGUUUUCGAGCUAAAAUAAGCUCAGACUGAAACUAUUAAAUGAAAUAUGGAAUAUACAUCCUCCCAGCUAACUUUUUUAAAUGAAUAGAAGAUUAUAAAACUUCGUUUUGGUUUGAUGUUCAAAAAGGAGAGGGUGAACUUCUGAGUCGAUAGAUUUGAACUUCACCGUCUCUUUUUUAUUUUGUUUGCCUAGAAACUAACCCGUUCCGUUUCCAUUAUAACCAAUGCAAGAAAUUUUUGGUGUGGACACAGAUCAAUCUAACAUUGCUUGGUAUUUUAAAAUUUUUGAUUAAAUUUAAUGUAAACGUGGUAGGUAUUACAACUAAGCGUUCGUCUUUCAAACGAUAAACUUUAAAAUAUUCAUCGGAUGGCGGUGCCAAACGUAUUAAUAUAAAUACGGUCUUGAAAUUAACAUCAAGUACAAAAUAAAUAUACCUAACGCUUUUGUAUACUAAGUUUUGUUGAAAUACCAUGUUGUUUUAACUAACACAGGGACAUAUUUGUCCCGAAAUUAUGAUGAAGUCACAAAACAAUAAUUGUAGUUGCAAGUACUAUGCAGGUUAAAACCGAUAAAAUUGCAAAAUUGCCGUGGCUGAAGGGUAUUUUUCAAAAACAAAUUCGCGCUGUAAAAAUAGCAUUAGCAUAUUAAAUAGCAAAAAAUAAGUGCUUCACAUACUCUGCACAACCUAAUGUCUUUAUUUUAUUUUUAGGAUUUAAAUUGUAAUUAUUAUAUUGUUUUUCUAUAAAUUAAUAGAAUAUCAAUUCUUUCUUAAGUUUUAAGAGUUCGUUUCAUAUUCCUGUAGACGACACCACGCUGCUUUUGUAAUUUAAAUUAUUCAUUAAAGUUUGUUAUUUAAUAACAGGCUGAUCAUUAUUUGAUCGCAAUAAUAUUUAGUUUGUAUCUGUCCCGCCUCAGCUUUGUUUGGGAGUGCCAUUUCUCGAUGAUCUCGGCGAAUAUUUUUUUUAUUUCCUAAAAAUAACGAACAAGACAAAACAUAUUUCGAUUUUUGUCAAAUAAUUCGACAGCAAUGGGUUUACAUGUAUUUCGGUCAUUUGAAAGCUAUAACAUGUAUGUUAUUUUAUCUCCAUGAUAUGAAAAAUUAUUCAACACAUUUUCUUACAAAGGUGCAUAUAAAAUUUUGCUAUACGUUGUGAACACAACCUUUGAUUUGAAAAUAAUAAUUAUUAUUGCAAUAGAAUAGUCGUACGUAGGAAGUAAUUUCUUUAUUUAUACAUAUUUUUCCUUACAGGCGUAAAUAGUGAGAAAAAGUCUGAAGCAGCCAAAUAACUUUUGUUGACAAAUAUCAGUGCUAAUUUAUUUGACUGUACUUUUAAUUGGUACAUUAAAAAUAUUAUGAGCAGCACAUGUUCCCUAAGAUAUUUUAUUUUUAAUAAUUUCACAAACGUAAUUACUACAAAUAAAGGAAAUUAGCACUGAUAUAAAACUAUUGGUAAGUAUGCUGUGUAUUGACACGAGUUUUCAAUUUAAUACAGGAAACAGCAAAUUAAUCUGCCACAACCUGAAAUUUGUUUAUUGGAUUUUCAGUUUUAUUACAAAAUAAUAAACUUGAAUAUCUUAUAAAUAAAUUUAACGUUUGUUGGCGCUUUGAUGUGCUACAUGUAUUGUAUUGUAUAACUCCGUUGAAAAAACAAAUCACGUGUCACAAGUAAUUAGUUUUACUUUCAUUGACGUCUUCAUCUUUGGCUAUAAGGAAACUUACGCAAAUGGUGAUGCUCUGAAAUAUGUACCUGCGCAUUUCUAUGUCCAAAUCACUAAGUACAUACUUAUAAUUGAUAGAGAUCGGACAUAUACGGCGCCUGGCCAUUUUAAAUCUUAAAAAAAUAUGUGCUGAAUGUGUCUCGUAAUAAAAAAGUUCUUCUGAAAAAAAUUACGCAAAACUAAAAGUAGUUUAUUUGAGCAUCAUCAGUAUCAUCACCAGUCAUAAAUGUAAACUGCAUUUUUGACAAUACAUACACAUCAUCUUUUGAACUUUCAAUAACAAAUAUGAAGUAUAUAUUUUUUCAAGUACAUAUUUGCUUUUUAAUAAGACUGUUACUAUAUUGCAGAAACGUUUUAUCUUUGCGUCAAAAAGAAUUCUUUAAUCGUAAUCUUGUCCGGUUCCGGUUUGAUGCACUCUGCCAGGUAAAUUAAUUUCAUUAGGUUUUCGAUUUCGUGACUUUUUUAGCAGAUUUUGAUUAAGCCAAUUACGACAACGAUUCAAUCAGUUCUAGGUAUCAUGUUGCUGAUGAUGUCAAUUGUUUUUACAAAUGUCUCGAUAAGAGUGCAAGAAUACCUUAUUAAGAUGAGAGUUAUCUCUGAAAUAAUUGUGUUAUGGUAGUAGUAUAGAAUGUAAUCAUUUUUCAUUCUGAUUUUUAACAGACUUCAAAAAAAGGAGGAGGUUCUCAAUUCGAUUGUAUUUUUUUGGUUCGUAUAAUUAAAUGGGUAUCAAUUUCACCAUUUAUAUCAUACUAUUUUAUUUGAAUUUUCUGUAAUUUAAAGAGUCAUUCCCUAUUUCUGAUGCUUUAAAAUAGACAGUUUUAUGUAGCUACAACAUGCAACAUGCUAGUUGGUGAUAUUUAUCUAAUUUUGGUGUACAAAACAUGCAAUAUUAAAACUAAUCGUUUUCUGUAAUGUGGUCUCGUGACGCAUCGUUCUAAGCCUGCUAUAGGCUCGAUAACUGCAUGCAUUUCAAAUAUUCUCGAGUUAUUUCGAAGAUUAUCCAUAAAAAUAUUUCUAUUUUUCAUUUAUUACACAUUUUCCGACGCUUCUGUAUGAUGAUGUUUUUACCUUUUGAGGUUAAAAUCCUUUUGUUUACUGUGUUUGUAAAGUUUUCAUAACUGCUACAACUGUAGCUUGCCUGCACAAUUUAAUACUUUUUAUUUAGCCGCAAAAAGGAUUGGAGCUAUACGCGAAGAACAGAAUAAGAAAGAAACCACAUUUCCUUCAGGAAGACGCCUUGUAUUUCGUAUGACAUUCAACGGCUUUCUCUGAGUAACGACUCUGGUAAGUUAAGACCCAAUUGACAAGUCUGUACGGUCCCGGUUUUACGUAUGACCUGUAUAAAAAUUACGACGAUUCGAAGCUGUAUUUAGAGCAUUGCUACAACAUAAAACUACUAAAUUCGAACGGACGUUAUUGCGCAUUAUUAUGCCAUUUGAAGAAUAUUGGCCAUACACUUUACGGCUUGGAGGAAAACUUAUUUUAUAUUUUCUUGCAAUUUACAAGACUUAAAUUUAUGAUAUCUUCACUUUAAAUCUUCAAAGCUUUCACUUGGUCACUGGGUGGGUAUUACAAACUAUGUAUAUAACUUUUAGUGGGUUUUGUAGAUGAUAUAUGAAAAAGUACCUAGGGUGAACUCAUCUAAUUUCGUGACAAAGGCAUUUGAGUUACAAAAUACCAGUAAAUUAUUAACUAAUUUAAUUCAGUCUCAGCAUGCCUUUUUUAUCAAUCUUUUAUGAGGAAUAUUAGCACAAAUAAUCAGAUGUUUUUCUAGACACCUAAGAGUUAUACCAAAUUUACUAAACCAAGUCAACUUGCCUAAUUCCGUGGUGUAAGUCCGUGAUAGCUUAUACUUUAAUUCUGAUAUAACGGAAUUAGGCAAGUAACUUUGAGAUCGGUCUCCGAAUAUUUUCUGUUUUUCUUGUUGGGGUCAUCCAUGAUAUAUCUGAAAGUGAAUCUGCAAUUUAAAAUAAUUAAUACGUACCUACCUGCUAAGAUUAUAGCGGCUGCCUAAAGUUGAGCUCAUAUUAAUAAAAAAAAAAUGUGAAAUUUGGUAAAUUACUCACGCAAUUACGUGACAAGUCCAAAAAAAAGUGUCAACUAAUUCCGUGAUAGCAAAAUAUAAUAUUGGCCCAAAGUCGUCAAUUUAAUUAAGACCAGAUAAACGUAAUAAAAUAACAUCAAUAUUGUCUACUACACUCAAAAUAAGUCAAUAAUUUUAGUUAAAACCACAAAUAUUUGUACAUAACUACUAUAAUUCUGUGAUAGCACAGAAACCACUCAACCGCUAAAACACUAAUAUUUUUGACGAACAAAAUAAGCUCUAACACGAAAAAGACGCAGAACUUUGACGAUUUUUUCACUGCCACAUCAAGGGAAUAUCAUAUAGAAUCCACUUUAUUCGAAAGAAGCUAAAAAAUGGGUUAAAUACUUAUAUACAUGAAGCAAAGUUCGCCACCCAUUCACAACCACUGCGGAAACCGUCGAAAUUCGCGCCCGAACUGACAAAACCGUUAGCUGUUUCUAUCUCGCUCACUCGAGCAUCCCCAAAAUUUACAUACGAAUUCGAGAUUAAUCACUGAGGCUUAAGGUUGUAUUUGAAACCUUUGAUUUCACUCGUAUAGCCCUAUGAUAGCGCUCAAACCAAAUAUCACCGAAUUAGGCGAGUCACAGAAUUAGAUGAGUUCACCCUACUCAUGAUCCGUAGAAAGCUGUAAAGAGUUACUUGUUUAUGGAAAUAAAAGUUGAACUUCUGGAGUAACAGGAGAGUUAUAUACCAUUAAGUACAACCUACUCAUACGUUUUUGAACUUAGAGUAAUUAUACGUCGUAAAGACGGUAAGCUAAGAAAAAAAAAUUGUCUAUGAAAAUUGGGAUAAGUAACUCAACAAAAACAUGUUUCAUUGUUUCCCGGCGUUAAACUACUUACUGCAACUUACUGCUUACUUACUGCUCUGAAAUUAUAUUUAAGGUUAUAUACGUGUAUCGAUUACGAAUCUGAAUGUUACUGUUCUACGUUAUUUUUGCGUAAGCUAAACCGUGUUUACAAAAUAUGUGUGUUGGUUUACAAGAUGUCUAAAUACGCAACCCAAUUUUAUUUGCCUUUCGUUCACACAUAAUCAAAUUCACGAUUUAUUUAUUCUACAUAAACGGUCCAAAUCCACAUUUACAUUUUCAAUCAUGUUAAGUAAUCAGUAAAUGAGUAAAUGGGGAUAUGUUCUUUUUCCGAUCAUCGACAUCCGAUCUAAAUGUUUUGUAAACCAUAAAAAAAUCUAAGUACUUCUUCGAACUGGUAGAAGUUUAAACAUCAUGCCAAAUAGUUCUUAUACACUCGCAGAUUGUACCUGUUUUCUCUCACCAUAUUUUAUUAAUUUAACUACCAAUACCAUCAAUUUAUGCUGUGACUACAAAAUUAUAUAAUAAAAUUAUAGACAUGAUCAGUAUUAAAGUUUUAAUUUUUUUACUGCAUAUUUCCUAGUAAACUAAAAAAAGCUUCUGUCACGAAGCUAAUUUUAUGAAUUAUAUUCUAUGGAAUUAAUAUUCUACUAAAAAUCAUCUUAUUUUACCAAGAAAUUAGAAAAGCUGUAACAAAGUAGUUGUUAAUAAUCCCUAAGAUAAUUAAUAACCAAUAAAAUAUUUAAUUAUGAAUAUAAUAAUUUACAAUGAUUAUAAUUAUAAUAGUACUUUAACUUAAUUUCAAAAUUCAUGUUUUAUAGCCACCGACAAAACACAAACUGCUACUCGAAAAUGAAAAUAUUUAAAUUUAAAACUAAUUUUAAUAUUGUUAUGUUCACAGGUUUCAGUUUUUAGUUAGACAACUCCAUCGGCAUAUAUUCUGGUAAUUAUAAACAAUUUGUCUAAAUAUUUUAGUAAAGCAUUGAAAAAAUGUAUAAAGAUUGAAAUAUUUCAAUUAUAAUCAUUAUGAAUUAUUUGUUCCCAAAUUGUAUAUGAAUUGUAGAACACAUGUUGUGUAAAAUGUGACAAAACAAAAACUUAAUAUUUGUUUUUCUUUUCAGAUGACCAGGAUAGAAGCUUUAACAUUAUUUUAGUCAACUGAACAGAUGGUUUAUACCCGAGGUGUGUAUGUAUGCUUUUUACUUUUAAUUAUUGAUGUUUGUAAACAACUAACUUGUGAUAAACUAUGAUGAUUCACAUUUUUUGUCUUCUUUUCCCGACUGAUGCAUAUUGAAGCAUACCUAUAAAAAUCUGAUAUUUGAAAACCUAAGUCCUUACUAUUAGCGAUUAACGUAAUACAUUUUUCAUACUUAAAUAUCUUAAUGUUAUUCCUUUAAAGAUUCAGUGCUGAACAGCCUGAUUACCUAGGUUCAACUAGUAAUGGUCAGAUCAUGAACUGACUUUAUACUUUCAGGUUGUUGUAUUUUGCAAUAGUAAGGGCUUAUUUUUUAUGGUCUGUAAAAUUAUUAAUUUGAAUUUUGUAAUAUGUGUUGAGGAUUUAAGGUGUUUAAUUUUUUUCAGUGCAUUGGCUGCCUUUGGCUCCGCGGUGUUAGCGCUCGAGAUUAUUAUCUAUCUUACUACACGCUAUUGGAAUGUAGGUCUAAAGGAGAAAAUAAGUUCAGCUUUAAAAAUCUAAACGAUUUAUUUUAUUGUUUCGCAUUAUUACAGUUGUUGCUAGCUAAAAAAAUAU